CACGGAUUGUCAGUCCACCAAGAAAGGCGUUUUAUACUGGUUGUCCAACACGAAGCUGCGAUGGUAUCGAUUGAACAGUGACUCUGUGUGGGCUAAUUCAGAGAGCUGGUGAGAGUAGUGUCACAAUGGCAGAUGGAGGCAGUGAUGACGAAGUCAUUCACCUGGCAAGCUUCAACAUCCAUCGCAGCCAAGGCUCCCGCGCCCGUCAAAGGGAGCCUAAACUCAUCACCAUUUCUGAUGACUCUGAUGAGGAGCCCGUGACUUUGGUACCUGGCAGUCCUGUUGUAGUCCCGGAUGAUGGUGAUGAUGAUGACAUCAGCAUACUGGAGCCUCUAACUCCUGCACGCAGACAUAUAAUUCGCCCAGCAGCGAAAUGGAGUGGGGCCUCUCACAACCUAACUCACGUUUUUGGUCAUAGUAGCGCAACUCCUGGGGUUCCCACAGUGGACCCCGGCUCUGCCCCCUCUACCUCCAGAGAUGCCAAGGUCAACUCCUCUACAGUAAGGCCAGCCAUACGAACACAGGUACCGGAGCAGGCUAGCACAUCUGGACUCACAAAGCCACAGCCUGGCUCUUCAUCAUUCACACUGUCUCAGCCAAAACUCAACACGAACUCACAGCAACAGGAUGGUACGUCAGCACAUACAAAAGUGGAGCUCCGAGCAGUUUCUCCUAUCCAAACCCCAUCUACCUCCACAAACGCUCAGGCUAGCGGCAUCACGUCGAGAGCACCUCUACGAGCACUUCUUCAGCCUCAGCCGAGCACAUCUGGACUCACGCAGCCGCAAGCUGGCUCUUCAGCACUAUUAUUGGUGAGGCCCCAGAUGAGUACCUCCACCAGUAUCACGCACUUUUCAAUGACUACGUCAAGUGCUUCUAGUACAAGUACUCAAACACAAGACAAUCCUCAGGCCAGUACUUCAUCUGCACAUCCUCAGUCACAGUCUCACACACGGACGCAGCCUCAGCCCGGUACAUCUACACAGUUUCAAUCUGGUGGGACCGCAAACCUACAGCCCCGUCGCAUACAGCUGAAGGAGGUGAAGCUAGUCGUACUUUCACAACAGCCGAGCAUCCAAGCCUCUGCUCUAAAAACCCAACCGCAGCUGCAGCUCAGGCCGCAGGAACCGCUGCAGCCCGGGUCACUCAAUCGCAUGCAGGGCAAUCUCAUUCAGAUUGAACCGCAGCCAUUGGCUCAGGCCCCAGCCCAGGGUCCAGUCCAGGCCCCUCAAGCUCCUCAGGUGAUCCCGGUGAUACCCCCUGCAGUGCUAAUAGCUGCAGCUCCAGAGAGGCUAGGACCUCCAGAGGCAGGUCACCGGAUCAUCCUAGGGAGCCAGGCGCCUGGAGAGGCUGUUCCCAAUAUUCAACUACAGGCUGACGCCUCCAACAUGGUUCCACCAGCCCGCAGCCUCAACAUUAGGGUGCCUAACGUGAACUUUAACCCUCCUGCUCCUCCAGCUCCCGCAGCGGCACUCCCGCACAACAGAGGAGAGGAUCGUCUCUUUCUGGCUCCAGCCCCAAACCCAGAAAGGGUCAAUCCAGCUCCCGGUCUGGUUGCAGUCCCCCCUGCGCCAGAGGACAUUCCCCUAAUAGAGGAUGCAAGGCCUGGUCCCUCUGUACCACGAGAGAGACCGGAGCUGCAGCCCCACGUCAGAACCCUCAUUACUGGUGUGUUGGAUCUCUUCCCAGAUGUCCAAGAAGCCUAUGUAGCAGAACUGAUCCAAAAGAAUAAUGUGAAAGACUUGAAUGUUAUCUGUAACCUGCUGUUGGAGGACCCAGAGUAUCCCAGAGGAGACACUGCAGCGACCACAGCACCCCCCACCAGCAUCCUACUGGAGUCCGGAGACACCGAGACAGAGGUGACCGAGGACCUGUUUGACUACACCAAGCUGGGCACGGUGGGACCCGAGGCCGUGAUGCAAGCUGCCGACUUGCUCAUGGCGGAUUUCAGGAUGCUCAGCUGUCAGGACAUCAAAUGGGCCCUCAAUGUCCUGAAGGGACACUAUGCAAUCACACGCAAGGCCUUAUGUGAAGCUCUAAAGAAGUGGCAAGAAUCAGGCGACCCCUCAGGAAAGAGACGACGGAGCAGAGCCUCCUCUGAGCGCUGCUACGUGGAUUUCCACUUUGAGCACGGUUCAGUGAAGUUUGACAAGAGGAUGUAUUUCUUGGAGAACGACCGGCGCUACUGCAGGACGUACAACAAUCUGGAAGCUUCUGUGCAGAAGGAGCUUACGUUCUAUCAACAGAAAGCCAAGGAAUGGGCAGAGCAUGAGGACUUCCUCCUGGCUCUGCAGGUCAAUGAAGAUGAAUAUAAGAAGGACGGCCAGCUGAUCGAGUGCGGCUGCUGCUACGGGGAGUUUGCGUUCGAGAAAAUGACGCAGUGUUCGGACGGUCACCUGUUCUGUAAAGAUUGCCUGGUCAAAUACGCUCAGGAGGCAGUUUUUGGCUCCGGAAAGUUGGAGCUGAGCUGCAUGGAGGGGGGUUGCCCGUGCUCCUAUCCAGUGUUUGAGCUGGAGAAGGUGCUACCAGAGAACAUACUCUGUAAAUAUUAUGAGAGGCAGGCAGAGGAGGCGGUCGCUGCCACCUGCGCCGAUGAGCUUGUGCGGUGUCCGUUUUGCAACUUCCCGGCCUUGUUGGACAAAGACAUGUCUCUGUUUAGCUGUCCCAACCCUCGAUGCCGCAAGGAGAGCUGUAGGAAAUGCCAUGUCCAGUGGAAGCAGCAUGUGGGGAAGACGUGCGAGCAGGUCCUGGAGAGGGACGAGAUCCGCAUGAGGGUGCUCUUUGAGGAGCGUAUGACAGCCGCUCGAGUGAGGAAGUGCGUCAAGUGCGGGACUGGGCUGGUCAAGUCGGAGGGCUGCAACCGCAUGUCGUGCCGCUGCGGCAGCUUCAUGUGCUACCUCUGCCGAGAGCCAAUCACGGGCUACAAUCACUUCUGCCAGCACGCCCGCUCUCCCGGCGCUCCCUGCCGCCACUGUCGGAAGUGUUCUCUGUGGACUGACCCCACGCAAGAUGACGAGCGAAUCAUUCAGGAGAUCCAGAAGGAAGGAGAGGCAGAGCUGAACAAGAAGUCUGCAGAAUCUUCAGGGAAGAGAGUCGGCCCUCCUCCGGAGCCCAUCACAGAUGCCAAGCGACCACGUGUGGGUCCGCCGCUCGAAAACCCACAGAACCCAAACCCCGCGGCCCCUCCUCACCCCCAGGCGGUACAGGCUCCCCUGUUCGUCCCUCCACGCGCACGUUACCCUCCAGCUCCGCCCCAGGGCAGGAUGUACCACCAGGUGAUCGUGCCCCGGCUACCCCCUGCACCCUACGUGCCCCCGCUGCAGCACCUGCCCCCCCUAAACAAUAACAAUAACAACAACCAUCAUCACCACCACAACCCUCCUCCCGUCAACCCUCAUCACCAUAACAUGGACAUGAUGGACCUGCCCAUGCACUAUGGACCCCCGGCCCGCUACUACAGACGCUUCUAAGACACACUCAGUGAUAAGUGUGUACUCAGACACACACACAAACAGACUGUCCUGAUGCAGUUACACUUUUCAUUUCAGUGCUGUUCAUGAGAUCUGAUUUUUUCCACUUUGUUCAUCAGUUUUCAUGUUUCAUGUGUGCUCAUGCAGGUUUCAGACAGACCGCUAAACUCGUGCUUUUGUGUGUCAGAUGAUAAAACACUGAAAUGAUAAGUGCUUCUGUAGGGACACGCACACACUGACACUUUGCCUUCUCCCAACUUUGAACUUCAAGAAUGAAGUCCUUUUCCUUUUUUCAACUUUUUUCCGUUCAAAUAUUGGGGUUGAACUGAACAGUUGAUAAUCUUGAGACAAUGUAUUUCCUGUUUAUACAGAUAUUUUUGAGUACAUAAUAAUAAUAAUAAAAAUGGUUAGCAUUCCCUUCAGUAUCUUUUGUGUAAUAUGUGAGACCACACAGUUUUCUAAUAAAGUUUUCUGUUCACAUUG